GUUUGGGGUCUUGUUAGAUUGAACCCUAAUUAUUAAUUUAUUUAGUCAUGCUGUAAUUACGAUUUAAGAUAUACUUAUCUAUAUCUUAAAUCGUGGCUGUAAUAUAAUAAUAUAUACAACCAAUACACCUUGUAUAUGAUUAAAGAUAGUACUAUUGUCGUGGUAUGAUCGAGGGGAACAGUCAACAUUGUGAUAAUAAUAUUAUCCAGCAUUCGUCUAAUCGUGUGAUUAAUAAUUAUUAUUCGAAGUUUUUACCGUUGGUCUGUUUGUACUUUGUAGGGCGCACUGCUUACACCACUAUAGUCACGAACUACGAGCACACAUUACAGAUCAAUAGAACACUAUACACAGCUGCUGUGUAUGCGGUACCGAGUACACUGCAUUAGUGCUACAUUAAUCCAAGUUGGAUGCAUUGUUUUAUGCUUGUGGAUUGUGUGGAUACCUUUUAGUGGACAUAGUCAACAGAGUUCGACAUUUCUCUGAAUACCUUCAUCGUCAACGCUCUACGAUAUAUUAUCAAAGUACACCGCUACACCUUUAAAAACUAUGGCAUCCUGGUUAUUUGGAGUUUCUAAACAAUCGGCUGAUCAGAUUGUUGAUACAAAAGACACACCAUCUGUUCCAACAGCAGUUAAUCCAGAACCUGUGAAUACCUUACCCACAAAGCCUCAAUUACUUUAUGAUUUACAACCAGCAAAACCAAAUGUUCCUGAUUUAAAACCUACUAGUAUGCUGGACAGUAUACCAUUCGUUUUAUCCAGCCAAAUUAUUAUGACUACUAAAAACUAUAGUUAUAAUUUAGACAAUACAAAAAGACAAUUAUUAUCUGUAAAAAAAUUGAUUGAAUCAGAUGCGUACAAUUAUGAUUUUUCCAAUGAUAAAAGACUGCAUUCCAAAUUGGUGAGAAAUGGACAUAAAGACGAUGGUAAUACUGUAUUGUUAGAUGAUAGUGAUAAUCAUUGGUUUCAUUGCAUUUGUUUUAAAUUAUUUCACUAGACAUAAGCAACAUUUGUUUAUCAUCGGCUUGGAAUGAAAAGUUACUAUAGUAUAAUAACUAAAAAUGUAAUGUUAGAAAAUAAUAUGUAAAAUUUAUAUUCUCAACUUUCCCACUGAAUCAAUCAUUGGUAUAUUUUACAUUUUCUAUUUAAUUGAAUAGACAAUCUAUUCUAUAUAAUGGACUUGAUGAAAAUAAUAUCAAGGAAUUUUAUUUCUAUAAUAAUGAAUUGGGCUCGGAAGUUGAUGCAUUAUUUUUUUUAUUUUUUUGGAACUUUGUAGACAAUGUUCUCCUAACUAAAAACGUGUUUCAAUAGUAUGUGAAUCUAAAAAACUAAUUUUUAUUUAUUUUAUUUUGGAUUUUUUUACUUUUUAAGUAAUUUUCCAAUAUUUUUAGUCAAUAUUCCUUAUUUCGCACUAGUUUAAAGAAAAAAAACUAGUUUAUUAAACACCCAAUAUUAAUUAAAUUCAUAUCUUUCAUCGUUUAUCAAAUAAUAUGUAGGUACUAACAUUUAAUAAUAAACCCAAUCGCUUAGCUUAUCUUAUGGUUUCCUGUCGAUCAAACCAUAAAAAAAAUUCACUAUUGAACAAUAUAUUUCACGUAUAAAACAUAUAAACACUAUAGAGUGUAACAAUUUAAAAAACAAUCAAAGCUUUAUAACUACAUCA